GCAUGACCUUCCUUUAAAAUGCACGCUACAGAAUUUAUCGAAGCUAAAAUAAAGCAGAGGAGGGUUUUAUUAAUAUCAAAACAAAGUUCGCCUGCAUGCAAAAAUAUAGAGGGCCUGUUGAGAACGUAUAAUCUGAACAACGAAAUUAAUGACAACUAUGAAAUACUCUACAUUGAUUUACGCAAAGACUGUGGUGUCAUUGAGACAUAUCUAUGGCAUAAGUUAAUUUAUCGCAAUAGGUACCUCAUUUGUUUUUGGAUGGCAAACACAUAGGAGGAGAAGCAGAAAUAAAACGUUUACAUGAAAGCGGCGAACUAAAAAGAAUAUUUAAGGAGGCCGGUUUAUAAAGACUAGAGCCAAAGAGAGAAGGUAUUUGAUGACUGUGGUGACAAAAAAGAAGCGAACAGUGCAACAAAAGAACGUGUUGUGUUUAGAUCUUUUAUACUAUGAAUAAUCUUUUCAGUUACAUAAUAACUACAUUGUAUUAUUGGUAUAUAUAUAUAUAUAUAUAUAU